CCCGUGCGCGCCGCGGCGGCCGCUGCGCCCCAGCCGUGCGCCUUGGGGCGGGGAGCCGGCGCCUGGAUGCUGACUCCGGCCCCGGGGCGGCUUGUUCCCCCGCUGCGCGCGGGCUCCGGCAGCGGGCGAGCCCCCGCCCUGCGCUCGGGCUGAAGUUCGCACGCGGACCUGCCCGCGCUGGCUGGCGAGGACUGUACCCCGGCGCCCGUUUGCCUGCCGAGCCGAGCCUGCCCCGACCCCUAAGAUGAAGAGGGCGAUCGCUGAAGGAAGCAAACUGCUGAUUUUGGUGCUUUGCUUGAACAUCCAGUCGGAAGUGGAAUCUUGCCCCGGGGCGUGUGUAUGCUACAGUGAACCCAAGAUCACAAUAAGCUGUCAGCAGCAGGGACUGACAGUAAUCCCCACUGAGAUCCCCAUACAGACCCAGCGCAUCUUCCUGCACAAUAACAAGAUAACCCUGGUGAGGUCCACCAGCUUCAGUUCCUGCCGCAACAUGACGAUCCUUUGGAUCCAUUCCAACAACAUCAGCCUCAUCGAGUCCAGGGCAUUUUAUGGGCUUGACAAACUGGAGGAGUUAGACCUCAGUGACAAUGUGAACUUGAAGUCCAUCAAUCCCACCACUUUCCGGGGUCUCAUUCACCUUCACGCCUUACACCUGGAUCGCUGUGGGCUCCUGGAGCUCUCCACAGGGCUUUUCCGAGGGUUGUUCUCCUUGCAGCAUCUCUACCUUCAGGAUAAUAACCUGCAGAACCUGCUUGAUGACACUUUCCUAGAUCUUGCAAAUCUCACCUACCUGUUUUUGCAUGGUAAUAAAAUUAAGAGCUUGUCAGAGAAUGUCUUUCGUGGGCUGAUCAACCUGGAUCGGCUCCUGUUGCACCAGAACAGAAUCAGCCUGGUUCACCGCAGGUCUUUUCAUGACCUGGGGAAAGUGAUGACCUUGUAUCUGUUCAAUAACAACUUGACGGUGCUCACUGGAGAAACGAUGGCUCCCUUGGUGUCCCUCCAAUACCUUCGUUUAAAUAGCAACCAGUGGAUCUGUGAUUGUCAGGCUCAGUCCCUCUGGAAUUGGUUUAAACAGUUUAAAGGAUCUUCAUCGGAGCUGGAGUGCCAUCUGCCCACUAACUUGGCAGGGAGAGACCUCAAAAGACUGCAGAGCAGCGACUUGGAAGGAUGUAUCGACUCUUUCAAUCAGAUAAGAACAAGUGUUUUUAGUACUAAGACCAGAUCUGGCAAACUGCCAACCACCGACUCCCCUCUAAAUUCCCGGGACGGCACCCAGAAGUGCUGCCAACCGGAAACGGAUAAAUCCUUUAUUUAUGAAGCCAAGGGCAAGGCAAGUCCAUCUUCACAUAGCAGCCGUCCGUCCCCCAACAACCCUUUCAAAGACAAGGAGAACAUGUCCAAGACCAAGUACAUCGAAACGGACCCUUCCAAAAACGGGAGCAACAAGCAGAUAAACGACUCCCCUUUUGGGACCUUCCCCAGCGUUGUAGACCCUCCAUUGACCAAGUUGAAACCAGAAUUCCUAGCUCCCAUUCAACCCUCCACAGUCCCAACCAAAAAGAGGCAGGGGUGCUCGAAAAAAAACAAGUCGAAGGCCCAGUGCCGCCUCACCCAACAAGGAAACAGCUCCACAUUACAGCCAAGCCUAAAUCUUUUGCUUCCCCUCUUGGUGUGGAGCUUACUGUUGUUCUGCUAAAAGCAACUCUUUCCCUUGGCCAAUGACACGUUAACACCAGAAUUUUGCUGACCUCCAUAAAUGUUGCAAGAGUGAAGCAAACUGCUAUACACCCCAAGAAAGCUUUGUUACACAAAAGUUAACUGGAUGCCUUUAUAAAAAAAAAAA